AUGGAUAUGCCAUCUCUCCUCGGAACCAAUAUCUGGAUUCAAAUGUUCACCAUCAGCAGUCUCUCAAUCCUCGUUUUGAUCCUCUAUUCCACAACUUCCACCCUCUACAACCUCACCCUCCACCCACUCACCCGCAUCCCAGGUCCCCUCCUCUGGCGCGCCACCCGCCUCCCCUACAUCCUCUCUCUCCUGCGCGGCAACCUCGUCAUCGACACCCGCAGCCUCCAUUCCCAGUACGGAACCAUCGUGCGCACCGCCCCGGACGAAGUAUCCAUCGCGCACGAAGACGUCUGGCACGAUGUAUUCAGCCCCGUCGGGGACCACAAGCCCUUUCCCCGCGAUCCGGUAUUUUUCAAAUCGCCCCCCGGACAGGCGGAAAAUCUCAUCACGACGGUGGAUGCUGAGAUUAGCAUGCGCAUGCGUCAGGUACUCGGACCGGCGUUUACGGAUCGCGCGGUCGCGAGACAGGAACCGGUUUUGCAGAGGUAUGUUUCGUUAAUGGUGGACAAGAUGCGCGCGGAGAUGCAGAGACCGGAAAAUGCGCGCAUGGGCGCCCGCAUCAAUGUGGUGGAUUGGAUGAAUUGGUGGUCCUUUGAUGUUAUUGGGAUGUUGGCGUUGGGAGAGUCGUUUGAUUGUUUGAAGGAGACGGCGAAUCAUCCGUGGGCGGUCUUGAUUUUUAAUGCGAUUAAGAUGAUGGCCCUCGCAGCCGUCACCCAAUAUUUUCCCGGUCUCGACUCGCUCAUCCUCAAACUGCUUCCCGCCAGCACGCGCAAGAUGCAAGAAGAUCACUUUGCGUACGCUGCGGAGAAAAUCCAUCGCCGUCUGCAGCGUCCCGAAUCGGCAGAAGGAGAUUUCAUGACGGUCAUGCUUGAUCCGAAGAACAAUCCCGAGUUUUCCAAAAUGAGCAUGCCUGAGAUCGAAAGCACAACUGCUCUCUUACUGCUCGGAGGGAGCGAGACGACGGGGACUACGAUUUGUGGAAUCCUCAACUGUUUGGUGCAAAAUCCGCAGGAGCUUGGGAAAUUGGAAGCGGAAGUUCGCACGAUUUUUGAAAAGGAAGAGGAUAUUACAUUAAGUGCUCUUCAGCAAUUACCAUUUCUGAACGCGGUAGUGAACGAAGGUUUACGAAUCUGCAAUCCCGUUUCGGGAGGACUUCUUCGGGUCGUUCCUCGUGGCGGCGCAACUGUUUGCGGAUACUUUCUUCCUGAAGGCACCCACAUCCAAUGCAACACCAUCGCCAUAGCGCUCAGCGAGCAAAACUUCCACCACAGUCUCCAAUUCCUCCCGGAUCGGUUCCUGCCCGCGCACCUCCGGCCCCGCGAAUACGCCCACGAUAAUCGGCACAUCCUGAAACCGUGGGGCUUAGGUUCGCGCGUGUGUUUGGGACGAGCCUUCGGACAGGCCGAAGUGCGCCUGGUGCUCGCGCGCCUGCUGUGGAAUUUCGAUCUGCAGAGCGCGGGCGGGAAGGGCGUGGAUUGGUUGGCGCUGAAGAAUUAUAUCGUGGUGCAGAAGGAACCGAUUUGGGUUACCGUUAGGGAGAGGGAGAAGAUGUGA